GCGUAAAAAAAAGCUACUUUUUGCAAAUCUGAUUCGCAUGCUUUCGCAUCUGGGUUUUUCGGUCCUUAUACGGACAGACAGUCCUUGCCAGAUAUGUCCAGGGACUGAACCAAGUUCAUACAGAUUGAUAGUUUUUCCCUUAUUUGAGACAUAAAAAUAGCAUGAAAUUAAUUGGCUGCUUUGUCGUCUUGAGACCUAAUACGUAAACACAAAACGGUCAGAAUAUUUAUCACAAAAGAAAUAUUUGGCGCUCAUCUCAGUUUUGCGCCAGAGGGCGCUAAAUUUCUGAGUCCAGGAGCAUGUGUUUCUUGUCAGAUAUUCUCAUGCUGCGUGGCUGCUUUUGUGGGUGGAUCUUUGAUUUCUAGUUUCAUUGCCGCGUUUUCGCAAUAUUAUUCAUAAAUUCUCAUUAGGAAGUUUGUAAUGUGUAAUGACGCGUAAUAUAAAUGAAAUGGACGAGGAAGAGCAGUGGGAAGAUGUUAAAGGAAGGAAGAGAGGACAGAAAAAUCAAAAUGGGGAUGGAUUGUCAAACGACUUUGAGAAAGAGCCAGACUUCAGCGAUCCAGAGGAUUAUGAAGAGGAUAUCAGCGAUGAAGGUAUGGGAGGAGACAUUCUGAGAAAGGAGCCAAAAGAAGCAGAUGGAUGUGAAUCUGUAAUUGUUGUUGACAAUAUACCUGUCGUUGGUGAAAGUAGAAUUGAAAAACUCAAGUCUGUUUUAACAAAAAUUUUCUCCAAGUUUGGACCAAUCCAGUCCGAACAUUUUCCACAACAGAAUGGACAAACAAAAGGAUACAUAUUUAUUGAAUACACGCGACCCGAGGAUGCAUUAGAAGCAGUGAAAAAGGCUGAUGGAUACAAGCUUGACAAAGCUCAUACAUUCAAAGUUAAUUUAUUUAAUGAUAUAGAAAAGUUUGACAACAUCGAAGUUACUCAAAAGUCGGCAGAAAAACAAGAAUUUAAAGAUAUGGGAAAUCUCCAUUAUUAUCUUGAAGAAGAGGAUUGCAAUGAUCAGUUCAGUAUCAUAUACGAGGGAGGAGAUAAAACAGCAAUAUUUUUAAACACUCAUACUGAACCAGCAUUACUCGAAGAAAGAAAGAGAUGGACUGAGACAUAUACUCGUUGGUCACCACAAGGAACAUACCUCGCUACUUUUCAUCAAAAAGGCAUCGCACUUUGGGGAGGCGAAAAUUUCAAACAGAUUCAGCGUUUUGCUCAUCAAGGAGUUCAUCUUAUCGAUUUUUCUCCAUGUGAGAGGUACUUGGUAACCUUCAGUCCAAUGCAAGCUGGUCGUACUACCGAAGAACCACAAGCUAUUGUUAUAUGGGAUAUUUUUACUGGUGCAAGGAAAAGAGCUUUCCAUGCGGAUAUGUCUGGAGAAGAAGACAGGCAAUGGCCAAUCUUCAAAUGGAGUAACAGUGGAAAAUUUUUUGCCAGGAAAUCUAGCGGAGUUUUGAGUGUUUAUGAAACUCCAUCGUUUGGACUGCUCGAUAAGAAAAGCUUGAAGAUAGAAGACAUCAAAGAAUUUUCGUGGUCGCCAGCGGAAAACAAACUUGCUUUCUGGGUUCCAGAAAGGAAUGAAAUACCUGCUCGUGUUACGAUUCUUGCCAUUCCAUCACGUCAAGAACUUCGAGUCAAAAAUCUGUUCAACGUGUCUGACAUCAGAUUGCAUUGGCACAAACAUGGAAAGUUCCUAUGUGUGAAGGUUGAUCGGUAUAACAAAACCAAAAAGGCAAACAUCUCUAAUUUUGAGAUUUUCCACAUCAAGGAGAAACAAGUUCCCGUCGACAUUGUUGAAUUGAAAGAACAGGUUACCGCAUUCGCUUGGGAGCCUACAGGAAGUAAAUUCUGUUGUUUGCAUGGAGAGACACCACGCAUUAGCGCAUCAUUUUAUGCAGUAAAAAGUGGAAAAGUUGAGCUAUUGGAAACAAUGGAAAGGAAAACGGCUUCUCAUAUAUUUUGGUCUCCUGCUGGUCAAUUCGUACUGCUAGCUGGUUUGAGAAGUUCCAGCCAACUUGAAUUCAUAGAUACAGCCGAUAUGACAGUAAUGAAUACAGGGGAACAUUUGAUGGUGUCUGAUGUGGAAUGGGAUCCUACUGGCAGAUUUUUAAUAUCUGUUGUCAGUUGGUGGGCUCACAAGAUUGAUAACGCUUACUGGGUGUGGUCUUUCCAAGGACGAUUGCUGCGUAAGCAAAGCAUGGACAGAAUUUGUCAGCUGCUUUGGCGUCCUCGCCCUCCUCCUUUGCUUACAGAAGAGCAGAUCAAGAAAGUGAAAAAGGAUUACAAGAUGUAUGCCAAAAUGUUCGAAGCAAAAGAUCGAGUCUUGCAAUCAAGAGUUUCAAAAGAUAUUCUGGAUAAACGUCGUGCACUCAUGGAUGAAUUUAUGAGUUAUCGUCAAGAAAAUAUCAAUAUUUAUCAAGAUCAGACUCCGUAUAGGAGAGAAUUGAGAAACGGUGUUAACACUGAUGAAGUUGACAGUCAUGCUGAAGACUGGGAUGAAGUUCAAGUUGAAUUACUCGUUGAUGAGGUUGAAACGAUCAUAGAGUGACAAAAACGUGAUCUUCGAUUAUCUUGCUGUCCCGGAAUUGUACUGAAGAUUUUGGGAUAGCACCUGACCAGCUGUACCAUUUAUUUUUGAACGAGUCUACAGAUAUUAGGAAAUAAGACAAAGAAGUUGUGACAGAUUGUAUUGCUUUAUAAGUUUUUCUUGCUGAUAUUGGGAGGUGAACUUUUUGUGAAAAUAAUGGCUAUAUUAUGUAUCAUGCCAUUCCUGCAUUGUUAUUUGUUUAGGAUAAAUUUUAAUUAUGUGGGCAACAUGCCAGUUGGAUUUGUUCCUUGUUUUCCAUUUGCUGGAUAUUGGAACUUUGCUGAAAAAGCUUGUUUAUUUUUAGAUACAUGUUGCAAAUAUACAUCUAGUGAAAUUGUAGGCCGUGUGACACAUAAAGCCAAAAUUAUGUUAAUUUUUGCAUGAAAGUAAGUGCCUACGAAAUUAAUGUAGUUUUGAUUUUAUGGUUGCACGUCCUGCAGUUCUACUCCUGUUGGUGUGUAUUAUCAACAUGUCUCUUUGUUGUAAUUUGGAUAUAUAGAUUUGAAAAUAAAUUUGGCCUUAUGUAAAAGAA